UUGGUUAAAGCCUACAACCAGAUACCAGUUUUUGAAGCUGACGUAUGCAAGACCGCAAUCACAACACCAUUCGGCUUAUAUGAGUUCCCGUUCAUGGCUUACGGCCUCCGAAAUGCCGCUCAAACGUUCCAGCGCUUCAUGGACGAGGUUCUCCGGGGAUUGGACUUCUGUUUUGGAUACUUGGAUGACAUCCUGGUAUACAGCUCCAACAGCACGCAGCAUCAGCAACACCUCAGGCAACUUUUUCAAAGACUGACGGAAUACGGCGUUCUAAUAAACACCAACAAGGGCGUUUUUGGGCAGUCUGAGGUCGACUUCCUAGGAUAUAAGGUUUCAGCAGCGGGAAUCCAGCCACUGGAUGCAAAGGUACAGGCUAUUCGAGAAUUCCCUCCACCAAAAACCGUCAAGGAACUCAGACGUUUUCUUGGAAUGGUAAACUUUUAUCGCCGCUUAAUCCCAAAUGCAGCUACCAUUCAAGCUCCACUGAACCAAAUGCUUGCUGGUCCAAAGACGAAAGGUUCGCAACCUAUCAACAUGACACCCGCUCUGUUGGAAGCAUUUAAUAACUGCAAGAAUAGUCUUUCUGAAGCCACACUAUUGGUACACCCUGAUUCACAAGCAGAGUUGGCGAUUCAUACAGAUGCUUCAGAUUCAGCAAUAGGGGCAGUCUUGCAGCAAUACCAGGACAACGAAUGGAAACCACUAGCAUUCUUUUCCAAGAAGCUAAGUCCAAGCCAGAGGAAGUAUAGCCCUUAUGAUCGCGAACUUCUUUCCAUCUACGAAGCCAUCAAACACUUCCGCUUCAUGGUCGAAGCACGAAAUUUCGCGAUUAUAACAGACCACAAGCCACUGACGUUUGCUUUUACAACGCACCGAACGAGUUGCUCGCCACGCCAGUUUCGCUACCUUGACUUCAUCAGCCAGUUUACCACGGACAUCAGAUAUAUCGCCGGAAAGGAUAAUAUAGUCGCUGAUACUCUGUCCCGCAUUAAUGAAAUUUCUAUGCCCUUAGACUACCAGUCCCUAGCCAGUGAGCAAGACACCGAUAGCGAGCUACAUGAUCUGCUGAAGAACGGCUCUGCCCUGAAGUUGGAGAAGCUUAGGACACCGAGACAGGAUCUGCAGAUAUACUGUGACGUCUCCACCCCGAAUCCGCGGCCAUUUAUCACACCUUCGUUCCGCAGACAGGUAUUCAACGCACUACAUAACUUGAGUCAUCCAGGAGCGAAGGCUACUGUCAAGCUGGCGACGCAGAGGUUCGUCUGGCCUGGCAUUAAGCGGGAUUGUAGGCAAUGGGCAAAGGAGUGCCAGCACUGUCAACGAUCCAAGGUAGCUCGUCACACUUCAGCACCGCUCGCAUCAUUCAUGCUACCUUCAGCACGAUUUCGGCAUAUACAUCUUGACCUGAUCGGUCCCUUACCGUUAUGUUCUGGGUACAGGUACUGCCUCACGAUUGUCGACCGCUUCACCCGUUGGCCUGAGGCGUACCCACUCCAGGACAUGACAGCAGAGACGUGCACCAUCGCUCUAACAAAUGGAUGGAUUUCACGCUUCGGAUGUCCAGAACACAUCACCACAGAUCGCGGCAGACAGUUUCUAUCGCACACUUUCAAGGAGCUCGCCGCGCUGUUCAGUGCAACACACCACACUACCACAUCUUAUCACCCAGCUGCCAAUAGUCUAGUGGAACGACUGCACCGCCAACUGAAGACCGCCAUCACUUGCCACUCGUCUUCAAACUGGGUUGAAGUUCUACCAUGGGUCCUCCUCGGUAUCCGCAGCGCCUGGAAAGAGGACUUCCAAUCAUCGGCAGCAGAGCUAGUCUACGGUGAACCACUCCGUUUGCCUGGACAGUUCUUUUCCCAAAAUCCCACUACGGAGACGGACCCGACCACCGUGGCUGGUAGACUACGCGCGCACGUCAGUAGAUUGACCCCACAACCUACGUCUUGGCAUGGCAGUACCAGUCGAAUAUUUUAUGUGCUCAAAGACCUCAGAACUUCGACGCAUGUCUUCGUCCGCCAAGGUCCCGCAAGAAGACCACUUGAGGCACCCUACUCAGGCCCCUUCAAAGUCGUGAGACGUGACUCCAAAACAUUCGACGUAGAAAUCCAGGGCAGGACUCAAAGGAUCUCAAUUGACCGCCUAAAGCCAGCGUAUGUUGCCAGAGAGACCGCAGAGACCAUUCCACAAAACCGAAGUUACUAUGGUCAAACUACCACCAAAACGACCCGAAGCGGACGCACAGUAAGGUUUCCGGAUUACUAUCGCCCGUAG